AUUACAUAUGCUUAGUCCUAGUGCAUCUCUCAGUCUCCACGCAAGUGAAGAUGAACAGUUCCCUCUUCCUUCUAUGCAUCUUUUCCUCUACCUUCCAUUUUUCUCAUUCACACGUCCUGUUUCGGGAUGAAAUCCCACCAGAGCCUGGUGUCAACCCGACUUCUCCGUUGCAUAUAGUUGACAUGGGAACUGUGACGAGAAACGCAACAAACGGAAGAAAGAAACCCUCGGUGGAAAAUAUCAAUAUCCCAUCGUGUCCUUGUCUGAACGACAACUGCACGUGCCUGGAAUCGUUCAACAACGACACGGACGACAGGAACAACGACAGGAACAUCACCGAGACGUGUCUGGAAUCCACUUCGACUCGGGGGAAAUACUGCUACGAACCCUUGGAAGUGGGACCCUGUCUCGAGGGGUAUCGACUGGAAUUGAUCAAAGUCCAAAAGUUGAACAAAGAAAGGAACACAACAGAGAUGGUAGACGAAUUGAAAUGCAAACCUCUGUCAUGCAUAAUUGGGUCUGUGAAGCUGAGCGAUGGAACAUGCCUGGUGGUGAAACCGGACGCAGACGGUCGCUGCCCUCCUGGUUGGUACAAUACGAAGAAUACCACUGGGAUUGACAGAUGCGAUUGCGAGUUCUAUAGAGUCUAUUCGCCUACCGAUGGACAAUGCCAUAAACUCUACACCCAGGGACCCUGCGGAGAAGGAAAAGUGCUGGUGGCGAAUGGAGACACAAAUACGAUAGAAUGUCAGGAAAGAAAAUGCCCGGAUGAAUGGGUGUUUUUUCAGCAGGAGAAGUGUUAUCAACUUCGUCAUCAGGGACCGUGUAAUGGUGGGAUAUUCAUGCUGGACCUGACAACGUUACAGCCGUCCUGCUUCUAUCCUACUACAGUUUUUAAUUUCAUCCCGCCCCCAAAAAGACCUUGUCCAAUGGAUUCUCCACCUGACCACAACAUAUCCCAUCGUGUCCCUGUUCAAGCGAGUACAUUUCCCACCAUGAAUCGCUCAACAGCAGCAAAGACAAAAUCACAUCAGGAUGCAUCAGGACUUCACCUCGACUCGGGGGAAAUCAGCCCGGAUGGAAAGGCGUUCUGGCCAAAAGAUGGCCAGGUUUCCUCUUUGAAAUACUGCUACGAACCCUUGGAAGUGGGACCCUGUCCCGAGGGGUAUCGACUGGAACUGACCGAAGUCCAAAAGGUGAACGAAGAAAGGAACACAACAGAGACGGUCGAGGAUUUGAGAUGCAAAGCUCUGCCAUGCCCAAAUGGUUCUGAGAAGCUGAGCGAUGGGACAUGUGCAGUGAAACCAAAUGGAGAGGGUCACUGCCCUCUGGGUUGGUACCCUUUGGAGGACAACUCUGGGAUUGUUGGAUGCGAGUGCGAGUUCUACAGAGUCUAUGUGCCUAGCGAUGGACAAUGCCAUAAACUCUACACCCAGGGACCCUGCGGAGAAGGGAAAGUGCUGGUGGUGAAUGGAGACAGGAAGACGAUAGAAUGCCAGAAAAGAACCUGCCCGGAUGAAUGGGCGUACUGGCCUGAUCAUGAACGAUGUUAUCCUCUGCGUCAAGAGGGACCAUGUAAUGGUGGGAUAUUCAUGCUGGACCUGACAACGUUACAGCCAUUCUGUGCCGAUCCUAUUACAGCUCUUGCUUUCAUCACGGCCAAAGACAGACCUUGUCAACCUGGUUCAUUCCGUGACUUCAACAUUGUAAGCAACGUCUUGAAGGAAUGCACGUGGACCAAGCAAGGAAAGCAGCAAGUGGAGAUCGGAUCACUAGACAUCAACCACAUCUCCGUCACCAUUCCGGACCCAAUAAAGAUGAUGCAGGUUAAUAUGAAGAAUCUGCCAAAUGACGCAAAUCAGACUUCUCCGUUGAAGAUGGUGGACACUGAAAAAGCGAGGAGGAACGAAACCAACGAAGGAGGAAUGAAUCCGUCUGGGGAAAAUAUCGAUAUCCCAUCCUGUCCUUGUCCGAACGACAACUGCACAUGCGUGGAUUCGCUUAAUAACUGCACGGACGACAGGAACAUCAUCGAGACAUGUAUGGACUCCACUUCGACUCGGAGGAAAUGCUGUUACGAACCCUUGGGAGUGGAACCCUGUCCUGAGGGGUAUCGACUGGAAUUGACCGAAGUCCAAAAGUUGAACAAAGAAAGGAACACAACAGAGACGGUCGAGGAAUUGAGAUGCAAAGCUCUGCCAUGCCCAAUGGGGUCUGUGAAGCUGAGCGAUGGGACAUGUGUGAUAAAGAUGAACGGUUUCCUCUUCCUUCUGCCCUUCGUCUUCUCCGCCCUCCAUUUUUCCCUUUCCUGCUUCGUGUUUCCGCACAAAAUCUCGCCGGAAUACACCGAUGUCAACCCGACGUCUCCGUCGAAGCUGGUGGACACUGAAAAAGCGAAGAGGAACGCAACCAGCGGCGAAGGAAUUAAACCGUCGGGGCAGAAGAUCGAUAUCCCAUCGUGUCCCAGUCGGAAUGACAACUGCUCGGGCCUGGAAUCGUUCGACAACACUGGCGACAGGAAUAUCACCGAGACGUGUCUGGAAUCCACUUCGACUCGGAGAAAAUACUGCUACGAACCCUUGGAAGUGGGACCCUGUCCCGAGGGGUAUCGACUGGAAUUGACCGAAGUCCAAAAGUUGAACAAAGAAAGGAACACAACAGAGACGGUCGAGGAAUUGAGAUGCAAAGCUCUGCCAUGCCCAAAGAGUUCUGUGAAGCUGAGCGAUGGGACAUGUGUGGUGAAACCGAACGAAAAGGGUGACUGUCCACCAGGUUGGUACCCUUCGAAAAGCCACUCAGGGAUUGUUGAAUGCGAGUGCGAGUACGACAAAGUCUAUUCGCCUAGCGAUGGACAAUGCCAUAAACUCUAUACCCAGGGACCCUGCGGAGAAGGGAAAGUGCUGGUGGCGAAUGGAGACACAAAUACGAUAGAAUGUCAGGAAAGAAAAUGCCCGGAUGAAUGGGUGUUUUUUCCUCAGCAGGAGAAGUGUUAUCAACUUCGUCAUCAGGGACCGUGUGAUGGCAAGAUAUUCAUGCUGGACCUGACAACGUUACAGCCGUUCUGCUCCUAUCCUACUAUAGUAUUUAAUUUCAUCACGGCCAAAAACAAACCUUGUCAACCUGGUUCAUUCCACGGCUACAAU